UCGCAGCCCUCCUCUGUCGAGUCUUGCCAUUUCGCGUCUCCAUCAAAUUUCUCCAACUCGCUCGCCGACGCGGAUGGAUCGGUUCCGGCCGCUCAGGCGGAUCCAGGUGGAGCCCGAGCCAGCGGACUCGCCGGCGCCGGCGGCUGGCGCCGGCGGGGAUGCGGAGGGGGACGAGUCUCCGGCGCCCGCGGCGGGGCUGCUCAUGGGGGCGAAGGUGAGGCGGCGCGCCGCGGUGUACCGCGACUGCAAGGGCGACUACAUCGGCGUCCCCAACGACCCCUGCCUCACCAAGAUCCUCUCCAAGCAAGGGGACAACAAAGUUCUUUUUGCAGACAAGGUAUUGAAGUUCACUCAAUCAGGAAAGAUGAAAAGGCGCAUCCUGGUGAUCACAGACUUUGCUCUAUACCUUGUUGAUCCCGAUGCCGAUAUAUUGAAGAGGAGGAUAGCGCUUGCAGCCGUUGAUAAGCUAUGCAUUAGCAACCUCAGUGAUAACUUCUUCGGAAUCAUUGUGCCAACAGAGUAUGAUUGUUUAAUGGCCAGCACUAGAAAGAAGGAAAUUGUUGAUGUUAUAGUUAAGGCUAUUAAGAGCACAUCCGAGUAUGAACCUGAGGUGUCUUCCUCUAACAGGUUUGAGUAUCACGCAGCUGCUGAAGUGAUUAAGGAGGUUGAAUUUGAGGAAGUUGAUGGAGGCAUUAAAACCAGGAUUACGAACAAGGAGAAGUCAUGAUUCAGAAUUCAUGUAUGGUAGUUCCCGGUAAACUGUAUAUCUCUUUCGAUUUCAAAGGGGUAUUAUCUUCACUGUGUAAUAUGUACCCCAAAGGACACGUACCCGUAAUUCUUUUGUUGUACUUUGUAUUUUAUUUUCUUGCUGUCAUACCUGGAAGAAGUGACAUGUUAUUGUGACUACUAUCCAGUGUGUAGAGUUUUGAUGUUUGUUAUACGAUUCAUUAUCAUGUCAUUUUAUGC